ACGUCCAAAAUUCCCUUACAUUCGUCGCAAAACUAGCUCCUCUCUCAACACGGGUCUCGUUCUGCAUGAACACAUACAAUGGCGUUGCUGGGUGUUGCUCUCUCUCUCUCUCUCUCUCUCUUCUCUGCUUGCCCGUGUCUGUUUCUGCCUCUCCUCCUUAAGACCGAGCAUUUUCGAGCGGUUUUGAUCGAACCCCUUCCUCGAGUGUUCCAGCUAUCGGAGCUGAUGGAUCUGGUGAACUCGUUCAUGAACUGGGUGGUGCCGCCGGCGAGCCUGGUGAUGCUGGCCUUCGCGUGGCCUGCUCUGUCUUUUCUCAAUGCAUGCGAAUGGCUCUACAACACGAACCAUGGCGAGAACAUGGAGGACAAAGUGGUUAUCAUCACCGGUGCUUCCUCCGGUAUCGGAGAGCAAAUUGCUUAUGAAUAUGCGAAGAGAAGAGCAAAUCUCGUGUUGGUUGCACGGAGGGAGUUUAGGCUCAUUGGUAUCAGUGAGAAUGCGAGGCAGAUGGGUGCAAAGCAUGUCCUGACCAUCGCUGCAGAUGUUGUUAAAGAAGAGGAUUGCCGGAGAUUCGUCAAUGAGACCAUAAGUCUUCACGGGCGUUUGGAUCAUUUAGUGAACACAGCAAGUCUUGGACAUACAUUCUACUUUGAAGAAGUAACAGACACAUCUGUUUUCCGGCAUUUUAUGGAUAUAAACUUUUGGGGAAAUGUUUAUCCAACUUUUGUGGCGCUGCCUUAUCUACACCAGAGCAAUGGGAAGAUUGUAGUAAACGCAUCGGUGGAGAUCUGGUUACCUCUGCCGAGGAUGAGCCUGUAUUCUGCAGCGAAGGCAAAUAAUUUGCUUAUCACUCACUGGUUACGCUGUCACAAAUAGAGAACCAUUUUCUGGUUUGGUUUUACGAGUUUGUCAACUAUUUAUACGCAGGUACAUGUCAGUGGGGGGCCCGUGGAAGAGUUUGCAAAGUUGAUCGUAUCGGGCGCUUGCCGAGGAGACCCAUACGUCAAGUACCCGAGCUGGUACGACACGUUCCUCCUCUUCAGGGUCUUUGCGCCAAACGUGCUCCGGUGGACAUUCCGCCUGCUCCUCGCGACACACGGUGCUCGAAGGACGUCCGUGGUGGGGAACGGGAGGCCCAUCUGGGAGGGGGCAGGGAGGCCGAUUCUGGAGGGCCCUUCGCCAAGGAAGCUGAUUGCUAGUCCGGUCACCUCGUCGCAGCUCAACCCUCAGUAUCAGCAAAAUGUGGAAUGA